GGGGUCAGGAGGACCUAUGAGAGAGGGGGGUGACUCGUUAAUCAUCUUUGGAGGCCGGGCGUUGAAGCAUGGCAGAGAUUUCAUUUGCCCAAUGGCAGGCCAUGCUAGACGCAGCAAACGAGAACGAGAAACCGUUCUUUCAAAAACUUUAUGACGAUGCCGUACAGAGGGAGAAGGAGGCAGAGGCAGCAGCCAGAGCCGCAAAUGUUGCGGAACAAGUGGCCCUCCUUGAGGUGUCGGAAUUGAACGAUGACCGGUUCAAAGAGAAGCUGGCUGCUGCCGUUGCAGCCUUGGUUCGUCUGCGAACCUUUGAAGAUGUAGAGUCCCACGUGACAACCCUUGAGCAGCGGAACCAAGAGCUGCAGGCUGAGAUAGACAGCCUCAAACAGUCCCGACUAUCUGCCCCCCGUCCUCCUAAUCCUCGUCCUGCUGCAGUCCCAACCUUUCCCUCUAACACAGUCCUCGUGCAAAGGUCGUAUGGAGUUGUGAUUAGUACAGGAACCGGUGCUAACUCUUCAAGCAGCAGCCCCGACAGUUCUGCACUGGUCCCAGUUCCAAAUACAGAAACUUCAGCCCCAAAUACCACAGUUCGUACCGGUGUGCCAGCAGCAGCUCAGACUGUUGCUUCUCUUUCUUCUGGUCCUGCGGCAGUAGCUACACCAUCGCCGCAACAGCUAGUUAUUCCACCACAGGGACAGCAGCAAGGUCCUUCGUACCCAAAGACCCCGAUGAAACCUCCCGUGGCAUUUUCAGGGGAGAAGAAGGACGAGGAACUCAACACAUGGUUGAGGACAGUCCCAAUCUGGGUCAAGGCAAAAAGGACUUUGCCGGAGGUGGACGUGAUCAUUGCUGCAUCUUACCUAGAGGGUAAGGCAGCCAAAUGGCUAGACGGUGUUAUAGCAAAAGCCGGGUAUGGACACCGCAUGGCGGACUGGGCUAACACCCUGACAUUAGAAGAGUUCGUGGACAUGGUAGAAACUCGCUGGCAUAAUCCGCAGCAGGCACAGAUUGCCACUGACGUAAUGCUCAGACUAGACCAACGACGGUAUAAGUCCGUCCGUGAGCUUACGACUACCGUGGAAAACCUUAUUGUCGUGCCCAAUAUUCGCUAUGAUAAUCAGAAAGACCCUGUCCCGAUGGACAUCAUGUGCAAACUAGAGGCUAAAGACAAGGUCACUGAAGAAGAGUUUGUCAUGGUGGAUGGGCUGUUAUUUCUGAGUAAGGCUGGAGUAGAAAGGCUAGCGCUAAAGGUAGGGCGCAACUUGCCAUUUGGCGGCAGCGACCAUAGCCGGGCUGCUGAGUGGGCGCCAGGAGGAGGUGAGGGUGAUGGUGGUCUUCGGGUAUGUGAAGGCGCUGUGUGGGUAGAGGAGGAGAGUCGGGUGAAGGAGGACGUACCUGGUGAAGAGGAGGUCGGCAUUGGUGUCGACGUCAUCACUGGCUGUUCGUCAAGUUGUCUGGAUGCGGUCAUGCAUUGUAGUUGUAGGAUAGCUGUAGAGUAGGUAGGGCGCCUGGCGCCAUCUCAACAAAGAGCUACAUUGGAU